AUGUCGACCACAAAGUCAACUACGAAGACAAGCACCAAGUCGAAGGAGAAGUCUGAUAAAUCAGAUAAGGCGAAAACUCAUAAGCUCUCGCUCAAGGGUUCUUCAAAACUCGUUGCGGAAUUCUUCCAAUACUCAAUAAACACAAUUCUCUUCCAACGAGGUGUAUACCCCGCCGAAGACUUCUCAGCCGUCAAAAAAUAUGGCCUCACAAUGCUUGUUUCCUCCGACGACCAAGUCAAAGCUUACAUCAAAAAGAUCAUGUCACAACUCGACAAAUGGAUGAUAAACGGAAAGAUCACCAAACUAAUCGUCGUAAUCACCUCAAAAGAAACAGGCGAAGAUGUCGAACGUUGGCAAUUCGAUGUAGAAAUCUUCAACAAACCUUCUAAGAAAUCAUCCAAAUCCAAAUCCUCAACUACUCCCUCCACUUCCGAAAAUGCACCCACCGAGAAAGAAGCACCAGCACCCGCACCCGAAAAAACAGAAGCAGAGAUUCAAUUGGAGAUUCAAUCAAUAUUCAGACAAAUUACAGCUAGUGUGACAUUUUUGCCAGAGUUGGAUGGAGCAUGCACAUUUAAUGUUCUGGUAUAUGCGGAUGCGGAUAGUGAGGUUCCAAUGGAAUGGGGAGAUAGUGAUGCGAGAGAAAUUGUAAAUGGAGAGAAAGUACAAUUGAGGAGUUUCAGUACGGCUAAUCAUAAAGUUGGAACUAUGGUUAGUUAUAAAGUAUUGGAGUAA